AUGGCCGCUCGUCACUCGCGCAGGUUUCUGCGACCGCUUCUGUACACCUCGGCCGCCGCUGCCGCCGGAGCCGGCGUUCUUUACAUCUCCUACCGUCCACGCAACAUCCCCGGUCUUGAGGCCCCUGCUGUCCCCCCGCCCGGGUACCAUGAGGGCAAAUUGGUGCCCCCGAAUUUCCCCACAAUCAAAUCGCGCAUCGAGCAGAUUAAGGAUUUGAAGCGCAGUCAGGAUGAGGAGUCUUACGACCUGCUGGUCAUCGGUGCGGGUGCAACCGGUGCCGGCAUUGCCUUGGAUGCUGCCACCCGAGGAUUAAAAGUCGCUGUGGUAGAGCGAGAUGAUUUCAGUGCCGGUACCAGUAGUAAGAGCACCAAGCUCGUGCACGGUGGUGUGCGCUAUCUAGAGAAGGCCGUGUGGGAAUUGGAUUACAACCAAUACAAGCUCGUGAAGGAGGCGCUUCGUGAGCGCAAGUAUUUCUUGAACACAGCUCCCCAUCUCUCACAAUGGCUACCUAUCAUGGUGCCACUCCAGAAAUGGUGGCAGGCUCCUUAUUUCUGGGCUGGUUGCAAGGCUUAUGAUUUCUUGGCUGGUUCCGAGGGUAUCGAGAGCUCUUACUUCUUGACCAAGAGUAAGGCCAUCGAUUCAUUCCCUAUGCUUAAGCGUGACAAUGUCGUUGGCGCAAUGGUCUACUAUGAUGGUGCGCACAAUGAUUCCCGAAUGAAUGUGUCCCUCGCCAUGACCGCUGCCCUUUACGGCAGCACGGUCGUGAACCACAUGGAAGUCACCGGAUUGACCAAGGAUGCCUCCGGCAAGCUCAAUGGAGCUCGCUUGAAGGAUGUGAUUCCGGGCAGAGAUGGUGAAGAGGCCCAGGAAUUCAACAUUCGCGCCAAGGGUAUCAUUAACGCCACCGGUCCCUUCACGGACUCGAUCCGCAAGAUGGACGAGCCCGAGACCAAGGAGAUCGUGGCCCCCAGCUCCGGUGUGCACAUCAUUCUCCCUGGAUACUACAGUCCGUCGAACAUGGGUCUCAUUGACCCAUCCACCUCCGACGGUCGUGUCAUCUUCUUCCUGCCCUGGCAGGGCAACACCAUUGCUGGUACCACCGACGCCCCUACCGAGAUCACUCGCCACCCCGAACCCUCCGAGAAAGACAUCAAUUGGAUUCUUUCGGAAAUUCGUGGCUACCUGGCCCCCGACAUCAACGUUGACCGAAGCGAUGUCUUGGCUGCGUGGUCUGGUAUCCGCCCCUUGGUCCGCGACCCGGCCAAGUCCAGCUCUCAGGCCUUAGUUCGCAACCACCUGAUCUCCGUUUCUCCAUCUGGAUUGUUGACCUGCGCCGGUGGCAAGUGGACCACUUACCGUCAAAUGGCGGAGGAGGCUGUGGACGAGGCUAUCGAUGUGUUCAAGCUGAAGCCCCGUGAGCCGGCCGCAGUGCCGGAUAUCAGUGGUGUCGGUGGCAGUGGCUUGGUCGCGGAUGGUGCUACCCUGGACGGUAGCUGCCAGACACACCAGGUCCGCCUGAUUGGUGCCCACGGUUUCUCCAAGACUCUCUUUAUCAACCUCAUUCAGCACUACGGCCUGGAGACCGACGUUGCCCAGCACCUGACAGAAUCGUACGGUGACCGCGCCUGGCAGGUGGCUGCUCUUUCCGCGCCCACCAAUGCUCGCUUCCCCGUGCGCGGUCAGCGCAUCUCGGCCCUGUACCCCUUCGUGGAUGGUGAGGUCCGUUACGCCAUCCGUCACGAGUAUGCCCAAACUGCCGUCGACGUCAUCGCCCGCCGUACCCGUCUGGCCUUCUUGAAUGCCGAGGCCGCUCUGGAAGCAUUGCCGAAAGUUAUUGACCUGAUGGGCGAAGAAUUGAGCUGGAGCAAUCAACGGAAGGAGUUGGAGUGGAAUGACUCCAUUUCCUACCUCCGUUCUAUGGGCCUCCCCAAGAACUUCCAGAGCCUGACUCGCGAGGAAGUUCAGAACGGCCGUGUCCAGGAUCUCGAUGAGAUUGAGCACAAGGCUGUGAUCCGAACUGAACCACCAGCGGAUAUCCUCAAGAGUGACGCUGUCAUUACUCCAGCGACCUCCAACCCCGAACCUGCACCCCUCAACAAAUAG